AUGUCGGCCAACCAACAAUCAAUCAGAAACCCCGACCCACCCGUACAGGACAGUGUCUUCAAGCAAUUUCGCCUCGAUGGCCGGACUGUGAUUAUUACAGGGGGUGCUGGUGGAAUUGGCUACGAAGUGGCAAGAGGCCUGGCCGAGGCCGGUGCCAAUCUCGCACUAUGGUACCACUCUUCGACACAGGCAGAUCAACUGGCAGGCAAGAUAGCGAAAGACUUUGGUGUCAAAGUUGCAACGUACAAAGUUGACGUGUCCGACUACAGCGCUGUCGAAGCUGCAGUGUCCAAGACGGUCCAAGACUUCGGCCGCCUUGAUGUCAUGAUUGCCAAUGCCGGAAUACCUAGCAAGGCCGGCGGCUUGGAUGACCGUCUGGAGGACUGGACCAAGGUGCGAGCCAUUGACUUUGACGGGGCGUAUUACUGUCUCCGUGCGGCCGGCCUGGUUUUCCGCAAACAGGGCCAUGGUGUUGGCAUAGCCACUGCAUCGAUGAGCGGCCACGCAGCCAACGUUCCCCAGGAGCAGACAUGUUACAACGCCUGCAAAGCUGGCGUGAUCCAUCUCGCCAAGUCACUCUCGGUUGAGUGGGCGAAAUGGGGAGGCAGGGUAAACUCAGUCUCUCCUGGGUACAUCAACACGGCAAUCUCAGGCGACUGCCCGUUCGAGAUGAAGGAGGCAUGGUUUGGUCUUACCCCUAUGAAGCGGGACGCGGAUCCGCGGGAACUCAAGGGGAUAUACCUGUACCUAGCCAGUGAUGCCAGUUCCUACACCACCGGAGCAGACUUCGUAAUCGAUGGUGGCUACACAGCGAGGUAG